UUCCCUGGGUACAAUAAUAUUAUUUGGCUUUUAACUCUUGGCUCUUAAACAUAGGCAGCUGCUAUUGUAACUACGGCGGCCGCUGCACCUGCGCUUACAAGAAGGAACAACCACCACUAGAUGCGACAUUACUUACGAAUUCUCAGCCCGAUUAUUCAACGGAGCUUAACUUGCCCAACAUGCAUGGAGUGGAAGUUCAAUCCAGCGGCUCCAGUCGCGAGCCACUUCAAGAGCAUCCCCACGUAACGUCGGAGAUCCCCAUAGCACUCUCGAACCACAACACUAUCCCCUUCGCAUUUCAACAUCUCGACACGCAGCUACCGCUUCCCGAAAUGACCUGCAACGUCGGCGAGUAUUCGGAAAAUGUCAAUGUCGGGCUGUUCGGAAGUCCACAUACGCCAGCUUCAAUAUUCAGUAUGGAUCGGAGUUCUUCCGAUAUCAACUGGACUAACUAUCUGUUCGACACAAUGAGCAGUGACAUUCAGGCGCAAAACUUCAACGAUUCCGACUUCACAUGGCUUUCGCAGCCGCUUCUAGGCUCCACAUCCCUUUUGCAAGAAGUGCCAGAGGCCGGAGACUGUGGCACUAUUACUCAAGACCUGGGUGAUGGCCCGGCAUCACUAGAACCUGUUUCCCCUGGCGGACCGAAUUAUACUGAUUCCUUUUCUGAGGCAGAAAAUUUGGGUUGGUUUAGCUGGGACGCAUUAUGAGCAGCGUAAAUUCAAGUCAUGACUUCAAUGGAGAACAAGACAAAAUGAUCUACUUUACUCUCAUUUCUCUUUCAAAAUCAGCAAAACCAGAACACAAAACAUUGAUCCGAGAAACCUACGGAAUUGUCUUCUUCAGGGUCCCUCACGCUGGU